UUUGUGUCAUCCCACAGCUAGCUCUUGCCUUUAACGUCCCAUAUUUAUCAAAUCCUCUCUCUCUCUCUCUCUCUCUCUCUCUCUGUGGAAUAUAUACAUACCGCUGUUCACUACAACUAAGGCUACUCUCAUUGCAUCAGCUAUAUAUAUAUACACACAUAUAUAUAGCACGAGAAUUAUAUAUAAGGCAGGCCAACUCAAACAUUUAUCUUAUCUUGGCUAGCUUGCAGCAGUGUCUCAAAAACCUGACAUAGGCUUCCAAUGGGUAACGCAGACUAUGAAUGCCCACACCCUGUUGCACUUCCUCCAUCCAAAACUCUAUUCAAGUCCUUAGAAUCGUCUCUCAAAGAGACUUUCUUUCCUGAUGACCCCUUCCGGCCUUUCAAGAACCAGCCUCUUUCUAAGAAGGUUGUCCUUGGCCUUCAAUACUUUGUACCAAUCCUGGAAUGGGCUCCUCGCUACACUUUUGACUUCUUCAAAUCCGAUCUUAUUGCUGGAAUCACUAUUGCCAGUCUAGCAGUCCCUCAAGGGAUAAGCUAUGCAAGUUUGGCUAACUUACCACCAAUUCUCGGAUUAUAUUCCAGCUUUGUCCCACCAUUGGUGUAUGCCAUGUUGGGGAGCUCUAGAGAUCUGGCGGUGGGCACUGUGGCUGUGGCAUCCCUUCUCAUAUCUUCUUUGCUGGGGAAGGAAGUUAACCCUAAUGAGAACCCAAAACUUUAUCUUCAACUGGCUUUCACGGCUACGUUCUUUGCUGGACUCUUUCAAGCUUCUCUGGGCUUCUUAAGACUUGGUUUUAUCGUGGACUUUCUGUCUCAUGCGACGAUAGUGGGGUUCAUGGGUGGAGCAGCCACGGUUGUCUGUCUUCAGCAACUUAAAGGGCUACUCGGGCUGGUUAAUUUCACUCAUCAGACUGAUCUUUCCUCGGUCAUGCGCUCUGUAUUUUCCCAAACACACCAGUGGAGAUGGGAAAGUGGUGUUCUGGGGUGCUGUUUCCUCUUCUUCCUCCUCCUCACAAAAUACUUUAGCAAGAAAAGGGCGGCCUUCUUUUGGAUAAAUGCGAUGGCACCUCUGACGUCUGUUAUCUUGGGAAGCCUCCUCGUUUAUCUGACCCACGCUGAAAAACACGGUGUUGAAGUGAUUGGGCACCUGAAGAAAGGCUUAAAUCCACCUUCGGUAUCUGAUUUGGCUUUUGGGUCUCCAUAUCUGAUGACAGCCAUCAAAACUGGAAUCAUCACUGGUGUCAUAGGCCUUGCAGAAGGAGUAGCAGUGGGGAGAAGCUUUGCCAUAUUCAAGAACUACCACAUCGAUGGGAACAAAGAGAUGAUCGCUUUUGGGAUGAUGAAUAUUGCUGGCUCUUGCACUUCAUGCUACUUGACCGCAGGACCAUUUUCUCGAAGUGCGGUGAAUUUCAAUGCAGGAUGUAAGACGGCAGUGUCGAACAUAGUCAUGGCAACAGCCGUGAUGAUCACGUUGUUAUUCCUAACUCCUUUUUUCUUCUAUACACCCCUUGUGGUGCUCUCUUCCAUAAUCAUGGCAGCCAUGCUUGGCCUUAUUGACUAUGAAGCUGCCAUCCAUCUCUGGAAGAUCGACAAAUUCGAUUUCCUGGUGUGCAUGGGUGCUUAUCUUGGUGUGGUCUUUGGCAGUGUUGAGAUUGGCUUAGUCAUCGCGGUUACGCUAUCUUUGUUAAGGGUUUUACUAUUUGUAGCAAGGCCACGGACUUUUAUCUUGGGCAAUAUUCCCAACUCCAAUGUGUUCAGAAGCGUUGAUCAAUACCCAACUGCCAACAAUGUUCCUGGAGUUCUCAUUCUCCAAAUUGAUGCACCCAUUUACUUUGCCAAUGCAAACUACUUGAGAGAAAGGAUUUCAAGGUGGAUCUACGAGGAGGAAGAAAAAUUAAAAGCUUCGGGAGAAACCAGCUUGCAUUAUAUUAUAUUAGACAUCAGUACUGUGGGCAGUAUUGAUACGAGUGGGAUUAGCAUGCUUGAAGAGGUUAAGAAGAAUGCCGAUAGAAAGGGUCUCAAGCUCGUGCUAGCCAACCCAAGAAGCGAGGUGAUUAAGAAGCUAGACAAGUCCAAAUUCAUCGAAAACAUCGGCCAAGAAUGGAUUUAUCUAACAGUAGGAGAGGCCGUGGCAGCUUGCAACUUCAUGUUACACUCGUGCAAGCCAAACCCGGCCGCCGCCGAAUUACAUGAUGCGCCAGAAAACAAUGUCUGAUAAUUUAGCCGGCCACGAUAGACUUAAUUAGUGAGAUAAUCCAAAUGUUGAUACUGCAUCCAUAACCAGAGGCCAAAGUUGUCCGCUAAUGAGGAAGCAUGCAUGCAUAUUACCUAAGUAAUUGGCAGAGAGUUGUUUAGUUUUGGGGUGCUUCUGAAUUACUGUGUACUGUAAAUGAAAGUGAAAUGUGAACGUAAUCAUGAAUAGAUCAAUUCCCGAGCUAAGUUGUUUGAUA